UCGUACGACCUGCCACGUAAUGUUGUGUGUGUUGUUCGUUCAUUCACGAAUUGUUGCAAUUAUACUGUCUUGUGGAACCGCGUGGAGAUAAGCGACAACGGGAGCGAUGUGCGAACCUGCAUCCAUCCGUACCUAAUUUAAGACGACUUGCGUUAUCAUAAAGUGACUAUUAAAACAAAAGAAAAAAUGUCACAAUCUAGUGGUUAUCAGUAUCCACUAUAUGCAGAAUCUAACAAUCCCUUGAAGAAUGACACAUCACCUAUAGUAAAUGGUCAAAAUUUUGCAUCUCAACAAAAUGGUAUGCAGUCCCCUCAGUUCAAUCUGACUGGUACACCAUCGUCACAAUCGUCGCGGGAUCCCUCCAGGGAAACUUCCAGAGAUCCUUCACCAACUCAAUAUCUCAAUAACCAAUAUCGGCCUCAGUUGCUUCGAUCGCCAAUGCCGCCACUAUGUCAGGGCUCAGAUAUAUUACCUCCGUCGCUUAGAACAUCACAGACGUGUAGUCCCAUAAGUUCCUUUGGUAUCUACAACCAAUAUGCUACUAGUACUCAUCAAAACGUCACAGUUAGUACAUCAUCAGCUGCUUUUGUAUCCCAACCUAGCCAACCUAAUCAAGAAAUUCAGCAUAGACCCGUGAUUCCUCCAAAUCAGAUGCCUCCAUUAGCCCAAAAUCUGACAUCAGAAUCCCUAUCAUUAAUGUCUGCGGAUGCUGUUAAACCGGAGCUUGCCAAAGUGAACCAAAGUUAUCAGUGGGCGACCAAUCCUCUGCCCGCAAAUAUUCCACAGAGUAUUAUAGGCGUUCCUGGAGUGUCCAGUGGUACCGAUAAGCCUAGUCAAGUCUCUGCAGAUCAAGCUGUGGGAGGUCAAAUGUUUUCUGCUAGAAUAAACAAGACCUCCGUACAUGAUCAAGGACAUCCUGCUACUCUAUUUUCAUCCAACGUUAGUCUACCUCCUUCGAACGUCACACAGCAAUCGAAUCAGAAUAGUAGUCACGUGCAGCAAGAUCCAGUGAUUUCCAACGUGCAAAUUCCAGGGGCCCGAAAUAUUCAAGCGCAAUCGGCAAUCGGGCCUUCUGAAAAUUUAAGCAGCUCUCAACUCAAGUAUGGAAGUCAACAAAACAUAUUCAGUGCACCGUCAAUACUGAAUUCUAGUGCGCAAAACUUAUUCGCUAAUUCGCAAAGCCAGCACGUAGAUCCACAGAGCUCGCACGAUUAUUGUUCUCAGCCUCUGAAGCCUCAGCAAAAUUUACUUACCGGUUACAUGGACCCUACGGGGCUGGGAAAUAUUCCCCAAAGUCAAAGUGUACAUCAAAAUUUAGCAAUCCAGCGGAAAUAUCCACAACAAGACACUGCCAGUACCACGGUGCUACCUCCAAGAACCAUUGGACUGCCUUUGGGAGUCAAUCAAUUGCACAGCGCGAGGUCGCCGCCAUCAGGGAUGCCGCCUCUUCCGGGACAUCAGAUGCACGAUGCUCGUUUACAAUAUUCCGGCCCGAUGACAAACGUCCCGUUAGACUCGUUAAAUAGAAGAUAUCCCAAUACGUAUCCUGAUCAAUUGAAUCAAUUGAAUAAUCAGAUGAGUAAUCUGAACGUCACGCAAACUGGAUAUAAUAAAUUAUGGGGAACGGAAUCGGUAGAUCUUCUACAGUGUAGAAAUAUACUGCCGUCUGAAAAGGUCGGACCAACAAAGAUCAAGUUACAGCAGGAAUUUCUGGAUAGUGUAAAUUGUAAUCCUGAGAUAUUCAGGUGUACGUUGACAAAAGUACCAGAAUCGAAUUCGCUUCUACAAAAGUCGAGAUUACCGUUCGGUGUACUGAUACAUCCCUUUAAGGACUUAAACCAGCACUUGGCGGUAAUUCAAUGCAACACGAUCGUGCGUUGUCGAGCUUGCAGAACGUAUAUCAACCCGUUUGUAUACUUUGUUGACUCGAGGAGAUGGAAGUGCAAUCUUUGUUUCAGGCUGAACGAACUUCCUGAGGAAUUUCAAUUUGAUCCAGUGACGAAAUCAUAUGGCGAUCCAUCGCGACGACCAGAGGUUAGAACUGGCACGAUAGAAUUUAUUGCGCCAAGCGAAUACAUGGUUCGUCCACCUCAACCUGCCGUCUAUCUUUUCGUCAUGGAUGUUUCUCGUCUCGCAGUGGAGAGUGGCUAUCUACAAAUCGUUUGCAAUACCAUUAUCGAUGAACUGUCGCGUCUUCCCGGUGACAGUCGCACUCAAAUUGGUUUUCUCGCUGUCGACUCCGCCUUGCACUUUUUUAGCAUGCCUGAUAAUGUCUCGCAACCACAUGAGAUGAUUAUGUUGGACAUCGACGAUGUAUUUCUGCCAUGUCCGGAGAAUUUGAUUGUAAAUCUAAAGGAGCGCGAGGGUCUCGUGCGCGAUUUGCUCGCUCAGCUACCCGUCAAGUUCUGCGGCACUAAUGACACUAGCAGCGCACUUGGCGCCGGUCUCCAAGCCGCCUUCAAGCUUCUCUCCGCCACCGGAGGACGCGUUACCGUUUUUCAGACGUGUUUGCCUAAUCUUGGACCGGGAGUCUUGCAGCCGAGAGAGGACCCCAACACCCGAGCGAACAAGGAUGUGCCGCAUCUCAAUCCUGCGACGGAUUUUUACAAGAGAUUCGCUCUGGACUGUAGUGGACAGCAGAUCGCGAUUGAUCUGUUCUUGUUGAACAGUCAGUACUGUGAUCUGGCGACUUUAUCAUGUAUGUCAAAGUUUACUGGUGGCUGCAUUUACCAUCUGCCACUGUUUCGAGCAUCGAAAUCGCAAAACGCUGAGACAUUGGAAAGACUGCUCCGCCGUUACUUGACUAGGAAAAUUGGAUUCGAAGCGGUAAUGCGGCUUCGUUGUACUCGUGGUCUCAGCAUCCAUGCCUUCCACGGCAGUUUCUUUGUUCGCUCGACCGAUCUUCUCUGCUUACCGAACAUCAAUCCGGACGCUGGCUUCGGUAUGCAAAUAUCCAUCGACGAGAAUCUGUGUAAUGUGCAGAAUGUGUGCUUUCAAGCAUCUCUUCUCUAUACUUCGAGCAAAGGUGAGCGAAGGAUCAGAGUACACACCCUGUGCCUGCCAGUUGUGGCGAGUCUAUCGGAUGUUCUGCAUUCCGCGGAUCAGCAAUGCAUAGUGGGCUUGUUAUCAAAAAUGGCUGUCGACCGCUCGCUUCAAGCGUCUUUAUCGGAUGCUAGAGACGCUCUGAUAAACGUUGCCAUAGAUGUCUUAUCCGCGUAUAGAUUGGCACAAUCUUCCGGUAUCGGAGGACUCAUUGCUCCAGGGAGUUUAAAAUUGUUGCCAUUAUAUAUCAUCGCAUUGUUGAAGAGCGUAGCGUUUAGAUCUGGUACAAGCACGCGCUUGGACGAUCGCGUGUUCGCUAUGUUUCAACUUAAGACAUUACCAUUGGCGCAGAUGAUACAGAUGAUUUAUCCUGAUUUGUAUCCUAUACAUGCGCUUGACGAUCGCAACUCGAAAGACAUCGACGGUAAGGUCUGUCCGCAGCCGCCGCGGCUUCAUUUAUCUGCGGAGAAACUCGAUACACGUGGCGCUUUCUUAAUGGAUGCUGGCGACAAAAUUUUCAUUUAUGUCGGCAAAAGCAUCAAUCCAAUUUUCUGUUCUAAUGUACUCGGAGUUUCGGCGUUUGUAUCUAUUCCGGAGGAAAUGCACGAAUUACCGGAAUUGGACACGAUGGAAAACGAACGAUUGCGAAAUUUUGUAUUCAGUUUGCAAGAAGAAAAGCCGUACUAUGUACCUAUACAAAUUAUCAGGGAUGACAGCCACUUUAGGACAUUAUUCGUCGAGCGAUUGAUAGAAGACCGAUUCGAAUCUGCUCUCAGUUAUUACGAAUUCUUGCAGCAUCUGAAGACACAAGUGAAGGAGUGACCGAUUUAAAGAGUGCUUGUGUGAAACCAACCGAUUCCUGCUGGAAGUGUUAAUUAGAUACAUAGAUCCAUAAGUCACGGGAUUUAUGGAAAAUCAUUAUUACGCGACUAAAAAAAGUUGCGCGAUCUAUUUUACGUGAUCAUGAAUUCAUCACCAUUCAUCAAGUAUCGGUCGUGGGUUAUUCGAGAUAUAUUGGGACAUAUCGCGCGAUUCAAGGUCUUAUGCCAUUUUAUGCAGCAGUGAUAGCUCCGUUGAAAGCACUGAUGCAUUUAAUAAUAUAGUAUUGUAUUAUUGUUAUUAUUAUUAUUAUUAUUAUUAUUAUUAUUAUUAUUAUUAUUAUUAUUAUUAUUAUUAUUAUUAUUCACCAUUGAUAACUCCAAUACACAAUCCAUUGUGUUCUCGCGCGUCUCUUGGGUUAAACUUGGGUUGAACAAUUUCUCUAUGUUUGGAUUCGUCAAGCAAAUCCGAUUUUUUACAAUUUUACAAUUACAAAUACAAGUUACAACUUUUUUCAAUAGCAAUAAUCGAGCUACAUCAACACGAGAUAGAUGAUUUUGAUGCUUUUGUAGAAUAUUUUUAAACUCUGUUAUUUCUUUUCUGCAUUCAUUCGCUCUCUUGCUGUAUUAUUCAGAUGUCGUUAUUGUCGCGAAUUGAUAUAUACGCAAGUGUUCUUAUCUUAAAUACCACUUUUGGAAACGUAAAAAGUAUUAUUUAUACAUAAUUAUAUGCAAUAGAAACGGAAUUAAAUGACUGCAAUUUUGCAUUUUCAUUAUAAGUAAUAAAUGGAAUUAUUUGCAGGACGAGUGCCGCCAAACGAAAAUAUUUCAUGGUGAUGAAGCAACGCACUCUCGCAAUUUUAUUAUCCGCGAGCAAUAAAGUGAACAAAGGGAUAGUAACAACUCGUAAAAAGUUAUCUUAUAUAAUUAAUCGCACAUGUCACUAAAUAGUGGCAUGCUGUUAAUCCGUAUUGUAAAAUUAAGCUUUGCAGCGAAUAAAACGACGACAAAUUCGAAUAAUUGACGUUGCAAUUGAAAGAUUGUUGCAAUUGAAUUAAUUAAGUAAUUCAUUAACUGAACUGUGUAAAGAAUAAGAAAAGAACGGAGAAUGAUUUUGCGUGAAUGUAAAAUAUCGAUAGAUUGCCGAGGCGGAUUAACUCGCCAGAAGGGACUUUAUAACAAAUAAAUUGAGGCGAAUAAUAGGACUGGCGAAAUGAUAUAAUGAAUAAACAAAUCAAUAUUGUAAAAUAA